CACUGAAGCUUCUCUCCCGCCAAAAACCAAAUCCAAUGGCGAACUCCAUUUCUCUCUCUCUCCUCCUCUUACCAAUCUCGAAAUCGCUUCCUGAUUUCCGAGUUGAUUUCGAUCUUCACUUACUCAAAAUCUAACUCCCUUUCUCUUUGCUCGAACCAAGAGCGUGUAUAUCAAAAAUGGCGGCACCGGCGUAGCUGUCUUUCAUUCGAUGCGGUUGUUUGGAUUAUUUGAACUUACGAGCAGUAAUGGUUCCGCAGGGAGGGUGGGGUUGUUGAUAGCUUCUUCUUCGUUGCCUUCAUCUUCUUCAUCGUUUCAUUUUCCUCCAUUACUGGUAAAAGUAAGAAGAGGGAGACUCUUAAGCAGUGCAGGGCAUAAUCUUAAAACGACCACCGCGAUACGAAAAAGACAACUUUUUCUCCUCUACGGUGCUCCAAUUAUGGAACCACUACUACUGAACUGAUUCGAAUGGCACCGGUGAUGGUAGAGCAGGAAAGAGAUUCCUCGAAUUGACCGAUCAAGAGCUUUUGGGUCAAUGUCAGAUGAGCACUUUCAAGCGAGAGUCAGCUGCCCGGCUCAAGCACCUUCCCGCUCUUAUCAUUGCUCCUCAGAUUGCUCCGUCCAUUACCUAAAUAUAAAAGCACUUCACUACCCAUUACUCUGUUCUAGCAGUUCUCAAAUUUGCACAUCAAAACGAAAGAAGGAAAAAAAUGGCUGCGUUCACAUAUCCAGCUUCCUAUGCCAUAAGAUGCUCUUCUAUUUGGGAUAAUCAUCAAGGCCCAGAUGUUCUAAAGUUUAAUAACAUCAAAAUUAAUGGAAGGUCAGGCUCUCAGACUGAUAUACUUAGCCAAAAAGCUGAUGCUUUGCCGAGCUCUUCUUCUUUGAUUUUUGUCACUAAAAAUGAGUCUUUCACUGCUGAGAGAACUAGACAGAAUAUCCCAACAAAGAAGCAAUUAGUAGACCCUUUUCGUCAAGGGCUCAUGAUUGAAGGAGGAGUAGGGUACAGACAGACUAUUGUAAUUAGGUCUUAUGAAGUUGGUCCUGAUCAAACUGCAACCUUGGAGAGCAUCCUUAAUCUUCUUCAGGAAACAGCAUUAAAUCACGUAUGGAUGUCAGGACUCCUCAGUGAUGGUUUUGGUGCCACACAUGGAAUGAUGAGGAACAAUCUCAUGUGGUUUGUUUCAAGAAUGCAAGUUCAAGUUGAUCAAUAUCCAACCUGGGGAGAGAUAGUAGAAAUCGACACAUGGGUUGGAGCAUCAGGGAAGAAUGGAAUGCAGCGGGACUGGUUAAUUCGAAGUCAAGCCACAGGUCAUAUUUUAGCACGUGGAACCAGCACAUGGGUGAUGAUGAACCGAGAAACAAGGCGCCUCUCCAAGAUGCCAGAAGAGGUGAGGGAUGAGAUUUCACCUUGGUUUAUUGAGAAGAAAGCUAUCAAAGAAGAUGCCACUGAGAAAAUUGUCGAAAAUGAUGAUAAAGCAAAGUACAUGAAUACCAACUUGAAGCCCAAGAGAAGUGAUUUGGACAUGAAUAACCAUGUAAACAAUUUCAAGUAUGUAAGAUGGAUGAUUGAGGCCAUACCAGAUGCUAUUUUGGAGUCUCACCAACUAUCUGAAAUCACCCUAGAAUACAGAAGGGAAUGUGGGAGUUCAGAUAUAGUUCACUCACUUAAUCAACCAGAUGAAGAUGGAGGGUUACUUAACAAUGGAAUGAACCAAGAUAAUGAUCAUAUCAAUCUACUAAAUACUUUGGCUACUGAAUUUAUCAAAAACAAUGGACUCAUGAGGUCCUUUGAGAUAGGGCCAUUAAAGUAUACUCAUUUCCUCCAAAUUGGUCAGCUUCUGCUUCAAGUCCUCUUCAUCUGGGAUCAUGUUGUCCAUGUCUUCAAAAGAAUUUGGUCUUAGUUUUGAACCCAAUUCACAUGCUUUUGCUCCUAAUUCCUCUAAUGCCAACUUUUUGUCUGCCAUUGCUUGCUGCUGAUAUCAUCAAGAACAAGAAGAAGAAAUCAGAGAGAGAGAGAGAGAGAAAUAGACUUUGAAAAGUAGUUGUUAAGGUCAGAGUGAGAUAUAUAUAUAUAUAUAGAAAAGGUAGUUUGGUUAGGUAUUUAUGUUUUGAGAAGGUAUACUUAGUUAUUUUAUUUAGAGUAUUUGUGGAUUUUAUUAUAUACAUGUAUAAUUUGUUGAAAAUAUAAAAAUAAAAAGAAGAUUUCGACGUUCAGCUCUA